GGUGGCAGCCUUUGGGCCAAAACAGUGCUUUCAAACCAGUGGCAACUCUGCUUUUGCUCCUCCAGAAACUUUUACAUAAUCUUAGGGCCCUGCGCUUACAAAUUCAGUUUAAUCCAAGAUGUCGUUCACACAAGUCGCUCGUAGCUGCGGCCGAUUCGCGGCUGCUCUGAGCACAGUUCGCAUCGCUAGCGCCGUUGCUCAGACACAAUCUCGGAUGAUGCACCGAGUUGCCGUGCCGGCCAUAAGCACCAUGCUAAGCCAAAAGUUCACAAUGCGCAAUUACUCGGUGAGAAAUACCAUGGAAGAAAUUGAGCAUCGUGUUUUGAAAGUCGUUUCCGCCUACGACAAAGACAACAGAGGGCGCUGGCAAACGCAAUCGGUGCGCAGUUACUCGGCGAAACCGCCAUUGUCGCUGAAGCUUAUCAACGAGCGCGUCUUGCUUGUAUUGAAGCUGUACGAUAAGAUCGAUCCCAGCAAGCUUAACGUAAACUCGCACUUUAUCAAUGAUCUGGGCUUGGACUCGCUGGAUCACGUUGAAGUCAUCAUGGCCAUGGAGGAUGAAUUUGGCUUUGAGAUUCCAGAUUCGGAUGCAGAGAAGCUGCUCAAACCUGCCGACAUCAUUAAAUACGUCGCUGAUAAGGAGGAUGUAUAUGAAUAGAUGUAAUGCAAACCCAUGAAAAGAAUUACAUUAAUUUUAAAUGAACGUCAAAUUUAAUUUGAAUGAUUGAAUAAAAAACAACGUUAAACCAAAUUGAAA